UUCAGUGAGGUUUUCGGUUAUUCGGCCGGGCAGCGGUAGCGCCUCUAUCGGCGCAUUUGAGAAGUUUUUAUUGGGAAAACUGCAUUCAGUGGACUUCGCCGUUUACAAAAGCGGUGGCAAACUAAGGAAAGCAUGGAUCUGUUUCCAUACUUUUAGGAAUACAGAGACUUUGGAUGAUCGAAUCAAGACAGCGAGUUGUCUUUGUUUUAACAGAGUUGCAAUGGCUCUAGCUAGAAGAAAAAAGCCUAAUCUGAAGGAACUGUGCUGAAUGUAGCUCAUUCAUGGAGUAAAGAGAGUCGUUUGGGGAUCAUGAGUACAGGAAUGAAGAAACCACCGGUUGCCCCCAAACCCAAGCUGGUUCAUCCGCAAAAACCAUCUCCUCCUCCCAUUGCCCCCAAACCCGACAUCCUCCAGCCUUCUCCCUCACCGACUGUGCUCAAGAGAGGAAAACCUGCAGUUGCUCCCAAACCAUGCUUGCCCAAAGUCAACCCCCUGGUUCCUCAAAAAUCACCCCAGUUAAAGACAAAUCAAUGCAAGACUCUGAAUCCCCCUGUCUCCAAAAACGGGGGUCCUGCUCUACUUCCAUCACACCUAUCACCUUACAUUAUUCCUCCCUGCCCUCAGGGUCAUCUCCUAGGCGACAGCGAAUUAGAGGGUUCUGAGGAUAUAAGUGCAACACCAGAAGUAGGUGUUUUCAAGGAGGGUGAAACCCCAAAAGAACAGCUGUGUCAUGACAUGCGAGAACAGGCUGACCGAUCCAAGCAAGAACAAAUCCAAGCUUCCACAGACUUAUUCUACACUCCCACAGAGACACAUGAGGAAACACACACUCCCACACUACUGAAUAAUCUGGCCGGUACACAAAAACAAGCUUCUAUCCCGGUCCCAAAACACAGCCAUGCACAUGCAUCUCUACAGGAAAAGGAUGAGUCUUUAGAGUCGAAACAGGCCAGGAAUUCUGUUGUUGACUCUCGCACGAAUGAAAGUGUUGAUGUUUGUGUUCCGGCACCACCCAGUAAACCACUCCCCAUACCCCACCCACGGCGUCCCCGGAGAGUUUUACAUCGGCAAAAUGUUGUAGAGAUUGGACACUUGGAUACUCAAACAGCAGAAACUUUUGAACACGUUCGGUCAAACACAAUAUUGGACAAUACAGAAAGCACUUCAACAACCUGUCACUCCCACACGGACACACCCCUAAAUUCCCGUUUGUCUGAAGAAAACACUGACGACUUAACCUGCACUGAUCUUUUGCACAAAAUAGACUCUUCCCAUAGUGCGCAGACUGAAGACACGCCUCAAAUCGACUCCAGUCACUAUGCUGCUCCAACAAAUGGUGCAGCUCUAUCUUCUGUAAACACAUCUGCCGAGGAGGGUUCCCAACCUCCAGCCCCGCCCCCUCGGCAGAAGUCCCUCCCCCAAACGGUUGAUUCCUCACAUAGGACCUCAUCGUCGGUGGAUAAUCUGCUUUUGGACUGUCACACUGACCCUCAAAGUGUUGAGGAGGUGGAAAACAGUGACGAAGAUGAUGAAGCAUAUGGAGAUUUUGCUCGAUACCCAGUUACCCGAAGCCUUCCUAAACAGGCCAAGCUUAGCUGUGGACAACAGGUUUCAGUGGCAAUAACCAAGACAUCUUUCAGUGGAGAGGAGAGGUCACCGAAGGUCAUGCCCAAAAAGCCUCAGAGAAACAGCCUUCCCGCAUCUGUUAUGUUACGGAAACAAAACACGCCUCCGCAAACAGACACCCCUCCUCCGCUUCCGAACUCCAGCCCACCCAUAUUCAGGGAACUACCUGCACCUCCUCAGGAGAAACAAUCGUGGCGAGUUGCCCUGCCUAGCAUCCCACUCUUCAACAGGAGCCAACCGUCUCGCAGUAACAGCCAACCACAGACUGAAGGGGCAGGACCUGUAUUAAUCAAACAAAGGGCAAAGUCCUUUUCCUCCGCAGAUCUUCAGCGGGUAGAUCCGAAUGGAUCCGAAUCCAGCGGACAGCUGGUGCGUUCCGAACAAGGGCGUCGUAGCCUGCGAAAACUUCUGGAGCUACGUGUUUGUGCACGCUUGCUUCCAAAGUUACUUCGCAGUGGACAGUCCCUAGAUUGCACUCGUGGUGAUGCGGAUUACGAGGACCAAAAGGACACGCCCAUUAACCAGGUCAUCCCUGGAGAUGAUGAAGCUGCUCAGGGUGAUAGUGAGAGUGAUUGUGGGGUUGAAUAUGAGAACGUUCCUUUAUACGAAGAGAUUCCAGAGUACAUGAACCUGCCCUGGGUCUAUUCCAACCAGGAUGCCGACACAGGUGUAUACGAGGUGCAGGAACCAUGUGACAUCAGCAGGUGUUCAGUGAGCGGCGAUCUCUCAGAUGAUGGAUUGAGCUCCAAUGAUGAAGAUGAUAACAGCUCCGCCUCCAGCAAGGAAGACAUGAGCCAAUCAAAAGACAAAGAGGAGAUAGAGAGAUCAAAGAGGAAUAAGGUGGUCCACAUCGCAAUGGAGAUCAUGAGCUCAGAGAAAGUAUUUGUGGACGUUCUGAAGCUACUUCACAUCGAUUUUCGGGAUGCGGUUGCCAAAGCGACUCGUGCUAGCGGGAAACCUUUGGUGGAGGAGAAAGUGUUAAAUCAGAUCUUGUACUAUCUGCCCCAACUCUACGAACUGAAUAAAGACCUACUGAAAGAGCUGGAGGAGAGAGUAGCCCACUGGUCUGAACAUCAGAGACUGGCUGAUAUUUUUGUUCAAAAAGGUCCAUACUUGAAGAUGUAUUCCACCUACAUACGAGAGUUCGACCGUAAUGUGGCUCUGCUGGAUGAACAGUGUCGCAAAAAUCCUCCUUUUGCCAGCGUUGUGCGUCAGUUUGAGACGAGUCCUCGCUGUGCUAGUCUAGCUUUGAAGCAUUACCUGCUGAAACCCGUGCAGCGGAUACCUCAGUAUCAACUCCUGCUUACAGAUUAUUUAAAGAACCUUCCUGAGGAUUCGUCCGACUACAAAGAUACACAAACUGCUCUCAGCGUGGUGAAAGAAGUGGCAAAUCAUGCGAACGACAUCAUGAAACAAGGGGAUAACUUUCAGAAGCUCAUGCAGGUUCAGUACAGUCUCAACGGCCAUCAUGAAAUCGUGCAGCCUGGAAGGGUUUUCUUAAAAGAGGGCACCCUGAUGAAACUCUCCAGAAAAGUUAUGCAACCCAGAAUGUUCUUCCUGUUUAAUGACAUUCUGCUGUACACAACACCAGUUCAGUCUGGCCAGUAUAAAGUCAACAGCAUGCUCUCUCUGGCUGGAAUGAAGGUCAGCAAGCCCAGUCAAGAGGCCUAUCAGAAUGAGCUAAACAUUGAGAGUGUGGAACGUUCCUUCAUACUAUCUGCCAAUUCAGCCACAGAGAGAGACGAGUGGUUGGAAGCCAUCGCUACAGCAAUAGACGACUACACCAAGAAGAAGAUUUCUUUCUUCUCCAGUCGAAGCCAAGAGUUUGAGGUAUUCUCCGAUGAUGGUCCACCACUGGGUUCUAAAGCUCCUAUCUGGAUACCAGAUUUACGGACAACCAUGUGUAUGAUCUGCACGUGUGAGUUCACGCUCACCUGGAGACGCCACCAUUGCCGUGCCUGUGGAAGGGUUGUGUGCCAGGCAUGUUCGUCUAAUAAGUUUUAUCUGGAAUACCUGAAGAAUCAGUUAGCACGAGUGUGCGAUCACUGCUACAUUAAACUACAGCACAAAGGUGACCAAUCCAAUGUGACCGUUUCCCCAAGUGGGCGGGGUUCAUCGUUCGCUUUUUCUAGAAAACAGAAAAGGAUUCCUUCAGCCCUCAAAGAGGUGUCUGCCAACACUGAAAAUUCAUCAAUGAGCGGAUACCUACAGAGAUCCAAAGGCCACAAGAAACCGUGGAAGAGACUGUGGUUUGUCAUUAAGAACAAAGUCCUCUACACUUACGCCGCUAGUGAAGAUGUUGCGGCAUUGGAGAGUCAGCCACUGCUAGGCUUUUUUCUCAGAGAGGAGAAGACGGGACCGGCUCAAAAACUGCAGUUCAAACUCUACCAUAAAAAUACACUUUACUACAUCUUCAGAGCAGAGGAUAUCCCCACCGCUCAGAGAUGGAUCGAGGCAUUUCAAGAGGCCAUGAUACUUUGACAUUGAAUUAAGGAUGAUACAAAAAUAUUGCUCAUCUGGGUUUACCUCUGGCCUUCCACUUUGGACUGAGGAUGCACAAAUUAAAACCCAGUUCGAAGCAAUGGAUGCUGGUAGAUGAAGUUGAUGUAUUAAUUAAUCCUAAGCAACCAGACUAGAUGAAUGUGAGGUAUUAAUCUAUAAUAAUUUCGUUCUUAAUGAAAUUUUUAAAAAACUGCCUCACUGUGCUUUUUUUGGUGCUUCACAUUAUCAAGAAACCAGCCCACAGAGCAUUCAGCGUCUCAAAGCUUAGAAACUGACUGUUGUUGUGAAAACACCAGCCAAAGGCUCUAGAAAUUGAAGUUAUCGUUGACUCGUGACUCAUUGGGUUUACUUAUGAACUACAUUUUAUACUGAAUCCAUGUUCUUGCCCACUUUUAGAUACUUUGUAAGGCUCUAUUUUGACAUAAUAUGGAUGCAUAUGAAUCUCAAUAAUUGCAGUAUCGUAUGUCACCUGAGGAAGGUUGUUUAAACGAUUUGGUUACUAGUGUGAUUCAUAGUUAAGUCUGAAUGUGUAUGAGGAAGUAUGACACAAGGAAUGUCUGAAGACAGGUCACACCUUCGGCACUGUCAUGUGACGCUGUCCGUCUGGCAUGGUGCAUUGUGGGAGAUUUUGGAUUCAACUGUGAAGGCUUGGGGAAAAGAAGGCUUAAAAAUAUUUGGACCUUCAUGAAACACAAGCAGAGGAAUUUCUGUGUUAAUCGUGCAUUAAAUCAUUCUUGCAUAAAUUGCAUAUAUAUAUUUUUUU